AUGUAAGAGUCAGAUAUUGAAUAAUAAAUGUUGUAUUAAUCAUUUGCUGAACAAUAAGAUGAUUUAGAAGAUAAACAAGUAAUGGUGAGUAGUCUUACAGAUAUGAAUGAAGGAUAGGAUGAGUCAAUUCAGAUAAAUUUUGAUAGAGAAUUGUUCUCUUAAUUAGAGGAAGAUAUUGUGAUAUUGUAGAGAAAGAAUAUUUACUUAACAGAUUAAUUAAAAGAGAGAGAUAAUUAAAUUUCAUUAUUAAAAGAAAGAUUGCAAAAAUAAAUAUUUGUUAAUGAAACUCAUCAUGUAGCAGAAGUAUAACUAAAAUAAUAAAUUGAAGAAUUGAAGAGCAAAAUAACAGAACUUCAUUAUUAAAUGUCUAUGAAUUAAACAUAAAUUUAAACGAUUCCUAAAAUUAAUUUAGAUUUUAGCUGGGCCAAUCAUAUAGAGAGAGAUCAUUCUCAUGAUGGUUUAUCAGAAUGUUAUGAUCGUUUUAAAUAUACUAAACGGCUUGUACCAAUUUAAGUGAAAUAACAUCGUUAAAUUUAACAUAGUCCAUAUUUUGAAUAAUUAUCUGAUCGGAAACAAAUUACAUAAAGAAAACGUCUAAAUAAUUAAUGA